CGGCCGCCUUUCGACCUCAUGGACUCCAGCUCCGAGUUCCUCUCGCUGGAGUCUCCCCCGCUCGGCGGCCGCCGCGUCUGGACGCGCUCGGGGGCCGCCUCAGCCGCCGCCGGGCCCAAGGGCGCCGGCGGGGCGGCGAGAGCGGCGGAGGCGGAAUUUUCUUCAGGCAAAAUUGAAUGUUUCAAUGGGCAUUGUUUAAGAUCAAUGAGAAAAAGCAUUCCACCCUCUUCAGAUUCUAGCUUUGACAAAAGCAUGGAAAUACUAAGUGAAAAUGUCAAUGGAAGACACUUUACCAGGCGAUCAGCAAAACUGAAAGCAGAUGAAAAACCUGAAGACUGUAAAGAAGUCACCAGAUCGCUGAAGACCAGAGCUGAUGCAAAAGCUACAGAAGAAAUCCAUGAAGAAAAUGGGGAUUUGGAAGUUCGUCGAAGUUGCAGACUUAGACGAAGUCGUUACACUACUACAAACCAAUCUGUUUUAUUUGAUAAACUUAUAACAAAUACUGCAGAAGCAGUAUUACAAAAAAUGGAUGACAUGAAGAAGAUGCGUAGACGCCGAAUGAUGGACUUGGAAGACCUUGGAGUGUUCAAUGAUGCAGAAGAAGAAAAUCUUGAUGUGUACUCUCGAGGAAAGAAGAAGAAAGAAAUUCAAAGAACGGAUGAAGAAAUAGCUGACAAUCAAGAUGGGAGUGUAGAAUCAUCAGAAGAAGGUGAAGAUCAAGAUGAUGAAGAUGGUGAAGAUACUCAAAAGCGUUAUGACCUUAGACAGAGGAAAACUGUUGUACGCUAUCAAGCUCCAUUGGAAAAACCAAGGCAACGUAAGAUAUUUUUUUCGGGACGGUCUUCUCCUGUCAGACAAAGAUAUUCAUUCAGGAGUGCUCAAUCACAAAGCCCAUGCUGCAAAAGAACUAACAGGCGGAGACAUGCAGUUCACAACAGUGAUUCCACAUCCUCCUCCUCGUCAUCCUCAUCUGAUGAUGAAGAGCGUUUUGAGAGGCGUAGGAAACGCAGCCGCAACAGAGCUUUAAGAAGGUGUCUUCCCCUAAAUUUUCGGAAAGAUGAAUUAAAGGGAAUUCACAAGGAUCGAAUGAAAAUUGGAGCGAGUUUGGCUGAUGUUGAUCCAAUGCAAAUAGAUUGUUCAGUACGAUUUGAUGGUGUGGGUGGUCUUUCUGACCACAUUUCAGCAUUAAAAGAGAUGGUCAUUUUUCCAUUGCUUUAUCCAGAAGUCUUUGAGAGAUUCAAAAUUCAGCCUCCAAGAGGCUGUCUAUUCUAUGGUCCCCCAGGGACUGGAAAGACACUGGUUGCUCGGGCCCUUGCUAAUGAAUGUAGCCAAGGUGACAGACGAAUAGCCUUUUUUAUGAGAAAAGGUGCUGAUUGCCUAAGUAAAUGGGUAGGAGAAUCUGAACGACAGCUUCGUUUAUUAUUUGAUCAGGCCUAUCAGAUGCGGCCUUCCAUUAUUUUCUUUGAUGAAAUAGAUGGUCUUGCGCCUGUGCGGUCCAGUAGACAAGAUCAAAUUCAUAGUUCUAUCGUAUCAACACUUCUGGCACUUAUGGAUGGCCUAGAUAGCAGAGGAGAAAUUGUUGUAAUUGGAGCCACCAACAGACUGGAUUCUAUAGAUCCUGCUUUACGAAGACCUGGACGCUUUGACCGAGAAUUUCUUUUCAGCUUGCCGAAUAAAGAGGCUAGAAAAGAGAUCCUCAAGAUUCAUACACGAGACUGGACCCCUAAGCCACUGGACAUGUUUCUUGAAGAGCUUGCUGAAAAAUGUGUUGGAUACUGUGGUGCUGAUAUUAAAUCCAUAUGUGCUGAAGCUGCCCUGUGUGCCUUGCGCCGACGCUAUCCUCAAAUAUACAGAAGCAGUGAGAAAUUGCAGUUAGAUAUCACUUCAAUUAAAAUAACAGCGAAGGAUUUUGUCGUGGCUAUGCAGAAGACUGUACCAGCUUCACAGAGGGCUGUGGCUUCACCUGGACAAGCAUUAUCACCCAUUUCUAAACCACUGCUUGAAAAUACAUUAGAGAGAAUUUUAGAAGCCCUGCAGAGAGUAUUUCCUCAUGCAGAACUUGGACUAAAGAAGGACCAACACCAAGAUGGUAUAAACCAUAUUUUAAAAAAUGAUUCAAUCUAUAGUGAUGAGGAAGCACCUUCAGUCUUUGAAGAUAAGCUAUCUCGUAAAAUGCCUGGGAAACAAAAGGAGAAAUUCCUCAACUUUAACAGAAAUGCUUCUUACCAGCCAACAUCGUACAGGCCAAGACUCUUACUAGCUGGAAGGCCAGGAUAUGGACAAGGUUCUCACUUAGCACCUGCAGUAAUACAUGCUCUGGAAAAGUUUGCAGUUUAUACACUGGACCUGUCAGUUCUGUUUGUUAGUGUCACAUCACCAGAAGAAACAUGUGCACAGUUGAUCCGAGAAGCUCAGAGGACAGCACCAAGUAUAAUUUAUAUUCCACAUAUCCAUUUAUGGUGGGAGACAGUUGGAGCUGCAUUGAAAGCUACUUUUACAACAUUAUUACAGAACAUUCCGACAUUUGCUCCAAUUUUGUUGCUUGCAACAUCAGAUGUAUGUCAUGCAGAUCUCCCAAAAGAGAUGCAAGAUUUGUUUAUUAAUGAUUAUGGAGAAGUUUUUAAUAUCCGGUUGCCUAGUAAAGAAGAAAGAAGAAAAUUUUUUGAGGACUUAAUUGUAAAUCAAGCUGCUAAACCUCCUGCAUCAAGAAAAAAAGCAGUUUGGCAGGCCCUGGAAGUACUGCCUGUGGCACCGCCACCUGAGCCCCGACAACUAACAGAGGAAGAAAUAAAACAGUUGGAGGAGCAAGAGGAGGAUACACUUCGGGAACUUAGGAUUUUCUUAAGGGAUGUUACUCAUAGACUUGCUGUUGACAGACGUUUCAGGGUCUUCACAAAGCCUGUUGACCUAGAGGAGGUACCCGAUUAUGUCACAGUUAUUAAACAGCCAAUGGAUCUUUCAACAGUUCUCUCUAAAAUUGACUUGCACCAAUAUCUAACUGCAGGAGAUUUUCUGAAAGAUAUUGAUCUAAUCUGUAGCAAUGCCUUAGAAUACAACCCAGAUAGAGAUCCUGGAGAUCGUCUCAUUAGACACAGAGCUUGUACUCUGAGAGAUACUGCUUAUGCCAUAGUGAAGGAAGAAAUGGAUGAAGAUUUUGAACAACUUUGUGAAGAAAUUCAAGAAUCUCGUAAGAAAAGAGGUUGCAGCUCUUCAAAGUAUGCUCCAUCUUACUACUAUGUGAUGCCAAAGCAGGACUCUGUUUCUGGGUGUAAGAAAACAGAUGACAAGUGUAAUGAAAGAACAAAGAUGCCAGUGGCACCUGUAGAUUCCAGCACACCUCUGUCUAAUGCUGUGUCAAAAAGAAGACGUAGAAAGAACAAAUGGUCUUCAGGUAGUUUAACAAAGAAGAGAAAGAUUUUUCAGUUCAAUAAAGAAAAUAAAAUUCCAGAAGAAGACCAAGAUGAAGUAGAGAGUGGUGGAGAAGAGUUUCUGGAAAACAAUGUGGAUCAAACUGAAGUUGAUUUCAUACAAGAUUCUUGUGUGGAAGAAAGUGAAAAUGUUCUUCAAGAACGACAGACAAAUGGCUGUGAAAAUAAAUCUGAGACAGAAAACGAGAAAGUUGUCUUUGAUAUGGCUAAAUCUGGUUCUGAAAAGGAGAGUGCCAAGUUUCCUGGAUAUUUAGAGCUUAAAAAGAGAAGUCAAAUUUCUGAUUCCCAAAUAACAGAAAGUUUUGAAGAGGGCAAUUCAAAUGAUAGUUGUGUACUUCAUAUGACUCGGGCUAGACGUUCUCAGGUUGAACAGCAACAGCUUGUGAGUGUCGAGAAAGCUAUGGAAAUUCUUGCUGAGCCAGCUUCCCCACUUAUUGUGGAUUACAAAGAUCUUAAGCAACUGCUGAAUUUUGUCACUGAGAUAACUAAGAACUUCAAUAUAUUUCACUUGGAAAAAUUAUAUGCUGUGCUCUGUCAGUGUAUUUACCGACAUCGGAAAGAUUAUGACAAAACUGAAUUAGUAAAGGAAAUGAAGAAAGAAAUUACAACCUUCCGUUGUGCUCAGUAAUGUGAUCUUCAGAAUACUUGAUUUCUACUCCGUAAUGUUUUAAUUGCAUGCUGUUCUGUUAUCUGUGUAUAAUUCAGUAAAGAGUACUUCUGAAUAUAUAUAUUAUACACAUAUAUAUAAACCAAAUAUAUCUUAAAAUAUAUUAAGAAAGUUCAAGUAAAGUCCUUUAACUGCUUUUAUUUGAUAUUUUUGUCCUAUACAUAUUGUAUGAUAAAUAGUAAGCUUGGACAAAAGGAUUAUACAUGAUCGGUUGGGAUCAGGAUGUUCAGCUUUCUUUCCCAUUACGCAUUGCCUUAAAGCCUUGUCUUCUUCUUAUGUGAUAGAUGUUUGUCAGUGCCUUUUGGAACCUUGUAGAUUUGAACAUCUUCCAGGUACUCGCAUUGUAUAUUGCAUAAAGGCUUUAAAACAUAUGUUAUUCUGAUACAUGAAAAGUAAAUCCUUUAGAAACCUCUUAAUCUAAUUCAGAGGUAAUUUUUUUUUUUUAAAAAAAAAAAUCUCUGAUAGCACCUCAAGUGGUUUUCAUGGAAUUAACAACCAAAAGAAAAAGUGAGAGAGGAACAUUGUUUCCACAAACAUAAUAUUUUUGCUAUGACAUACUUUCGCUUGACUGUCAAAAAAUACCACCGACUUGAAACAGAAAGCAAGAUUUUAAGGUAAAGUUUAGUCUUGCUUGUAAUAUUGACAAUCUUCUUGAUACUGCAGAAUAGAAUUUUAAUAUAAAUUGUUAGUUGCAAGUGUAGGUGGCUUAUAGUUGAAUUAAAUUGUAAAUAGUUUUCUGGUCUUCUGGAGAGAAUUAUGUUUGUGUAUUACCUAAAACUGAAUAUAUUAUUGCUGAGAAAUAUAUUUAAAUAAUACUAAAGCAAUACUCUUUAUUGAAGAUGGAUACCUCUUCAAACCAGAAGGAAAAAAAUUAAGUUUAUUUGAGAGUUAUUUUUCAAAACAAUUGAGAAUAAGAUACACAGAAUCUGAAUUUUUUGAAAAUGGAAUUAUAUAACAAGCACAACAAAGUAUGCGCAUCACGUUGCUGUCGUGCGUGUGAUGUGACGUAACACCUAGUGAUACUGAAUGCCUAACUGUGCAAUCUCUGUAAGUUUUAGUUUUCAUGUCUUUUUUUCUCUUUAACGCCUGUCCAAACAUUUGUGUACUAUGCAGAAUGUUUCUUCUAUCUGUAUUGUUUGGAUGUGUAUUAUUAAAAAGUGAGUCAUGAUUUGAGUUUGUCUGUUUUAAUCGUAGAAUAAUUUGAGCAUUAAAAAUUUUACUUUGAA